AUGGCAACAUGGCGCUGCAUCAUUUGCAAUAGUAUUCCCAGUAGUAGGCAAACCAGACACUCGAAAUGCAAUCAAAUCAUAUUUCUUGCACUUAAAUCAGCUGGUUUUCCUACAUUGGAGCCUUUUGAUCUCUUUUCCAAUGGUAGACGUCUUGACGGAAUCACACAAUACAUUUAUCCAUCUCACGUUUGUCACUGUGUAAAUAAAAAAGUAACAGAAAUUCCUAUUAAAGAAAUAUUAUACAUAUGCCUAGCCUUUUGUGGAUUUGUGUUAUUAACUAAUUUUUCCUUACAAAAUAAUACAAUAGGAACCUACCAACUUAUAAAAAUUCUUACAACUCCAACAAUUAUAUUUUUGCAAUAUUCUAUAUAUGGAAAAAAAUUUUCAGGGAAAAUUAUUCUUACUUCAUUGCCAAUUAUAUGUGGAAUUUAUAUUAAUUCUUAUUAUGAUUUAAAAUUCAAUCUAUUGGGAUUAAUUUAUGGACUUUGUGGAGUUAUAGUGACUUCAUUUUAUCAAAUAUGGGCUGGAGAAAAACAGAAAGAGUUUCAUGUAAACUCUUUACAACUAUUAUAUUAUUUAAGUCCUAUGUCCUCUCUAUUUUUAUUUUUCAUAAUAAUGGCUAGUCAACCACUAUCAUUCAAUAAUUUGGCAUCCAAUCAUGAGUAUGAUCCAUAUGUAGCCUUUCUUAUCAUAUUUCUGUCAUGCAUUUUUGCUCUAUUAGUCAAUGUAUCAACAUAUUCUUUGAUAAGACAGACAUCCCCUUUGACGUAUAAUAUGAUAGGACAUCUCAAAUUUUGCUCAACUAUAUUAGGCGGAUAUUUUAUAUUUCAUGAUCCUAUACAAAAAACACAAGUUUAUGGAAUUUUGUUAACAAUGAUUGGUGUAUUAUCAUAUUCUCUUCUAAAACUCAAAGAACAAUUUAACCAUAAACCCGAUAAUUUUCUCGAGAAACCAAAUUCAAAAUACAUUAUAUAGUUUUUUUUAAUAAAGCAAAGAUCAAAUUAAAAAUUGUGAUAAAUAAAUUAUUCUAGUCAUGUAUAUAAAUUUUUAUGAAAAUAAAUGAUUGCACUUUAAUAAAGGUUA